CGAUUGUAAAUAAAUAAAUAAAAAUAAACAAAAAAAGUGUGUGAGAUACUGUUAAAAAAAAAAAAAAAAAGCGAAUCGUUGUCCUAAAAUUCAAUACCAUAAUAUAGGAAUGUGUAGUUAGUCUCCCCGAAAUAUUUGGAUUUCAAUAAAACUACAAAAAAAUGGAGUGAACUGAAAUCACGGAAAAUGAAAAAGCCCAACUUCAACAAGAAAAUGUUAAAGGCCCAAAGAUAAAACACCCAAAGUUUUGGCCCAAAUUAAAAGAAUUAAAAAGAAAAAGGAGUGUGGGUUAAUGGGAACCGUCGGAUUGCACCGUUAACGUCCAGUAGAGCGGAAGUCACCGAGAGGGCGUCGCGUCUUCGUCGCCACCGCCGGCUCUUUCCUCCGCCGCCUCCGCCCUCUGAUUUGUCGUCCUUUUGCUGUGUAGGAAACGGGUGAUUCCGGGGCAUUCGAAUUUUACUGAAAGAUGAACAAGCUUUUAGAAUUUGGGAGAAAAGCAAUGUUCUAUGUCAGAGUCCUCUCUGGGUAUGAAGAAAGGAGGAUUCGGAAUUACAGGUUGCAGCUUGAGAAGCGUCUCCAGAUGGCUCAACAGAAGAAAGAUGAGAUAAAUAGACUCCCAGAGCAACUUAUAUUAUCUGAGGUCCGCCGAAUGGUUGAGGAGAUGCAGAAUUUGAAUAAGCAGCUCGAAGAAACGGAGGCCAACAUUGAAGAGUACUUCAAACCAAUAGACGUGCAAGCAGAGUCAAUAAUGGAGAUUCAGCUCCAAGGAGAGAAGAAAACCGUGGAGCAAAUGUUGGCUGCCACACAGGAUCAUACAUUUAAAAAGAUAGAAGAAGCCGAGAAACGUGCCAUGGCACGAAUUAACGCGAAUGCAAAGGCAAACACAAACACGGGCGAGAGUAACCCAGAGUCAGAAUCGUCAGCCAGCAAGUAGGCGCAAGGUAAAGGCAAAUUGCUGUAUGGGUUGACACCGGGAGUAGAUUCAGAAUCUUCAUCUGGGUGUGUUUUCUCUUGAAAUUGCAGAGAUCAAUUAGUUCAUCAAAGAUGAAUAUGGCAGUCUUGUAUUAGUUGGGUUUUAAUAACGUGGAAGAAAAAUUUUGAACGAUAGAUGAUGACGCUGGUUGGUUCCACCAUU